CAUGUUUCAUUUCCCGGGUGGGAUUAGUUCACUUCGGUCCUGUUUUGGUUCUGUGUUGAAGCCCUAACGUGGCGCUGCCUGUUAGUUCUUCAAACUCUGAAAUUUCACCGAAUCAAGUCCUGCUGUUGCUGUUGCUGUUGCGGAGGAUAUAUAAUUCAGGUUUUCUUACCCUUAGGACCAUCUGCCAGGUGCACAGCCUCCGUCCGUACCAUUACCAUACCAUUAUUGUCAACAUGAAGUCAGAGAGGGAGGACAUCAUUUUUCAGGCUCUCCUCUUAAUCCACAUCCCUGUGGCCUGCCUCUUCACUGCAGUUUCAGGUCAGUCUGACAGCAGCAGCAGUGUGGUGGUUGCAGGCUAUAAUGUGAGCGCCCCCGCUGGUUCAAGGGUGGUGCUGCAGUGUGUGAGCGGCCGUAUGGUGUGGACCAGGGACACGGUGAGGGACAGGCAGAGGGUGGUCCACUGGGACAUGUACCGGGCCCGUCCAGACUACGCCAUGGAGAGGGUGCUGGACAUGUUCUCCGCAGGGGACCAGAGGAUCUACAACUCCUACAACCUGGGCAGGGUCGGCCUCAGCCCAACAGCCUUCAGGGAUGGAAACUUCUCCCUGGUCAUCAAAGACGUGACGAUGAAUGACAGAGGUCUGUACUCUUGUAACCUCCACCAUCUCUACUGCCACCUGUACGAGACAGUCAGAGUGCAGCUCAAUGUCACUAAAUCGCGUCGUAAAGAGCAGCGCUUCUGGGAUGGACAAAAGGCAGUGUACGUGGUGUUGCUUGGUAGUACCGUGGUGUUGCCGUGCAUCAAUCGACGUAGCGUGUGGACAGACUGGAGCAACGAGGAGGAGGACCAGCAGGUGGUCCACUGGGACCGUCAGUCCCCAGGAGUCCGCCACGACCGCGCUGACCGGCUGGUGGACCUGUACGCCUCUGGGGAGCAGCGUAGCUACGGACCGCUGUUCCUACAGAGGAAGAUGAACAUCAGCAAUCAAGCCUUCUCAGAGGGAGACUUUUCACUUUCCAUAUCUGAUCUGCAGCCCUCAGACAAGGGAAUGUAUUCCUGCCACCUCCACCACCAUUACUGUGGUCUGCAUGAAAGAAGAGAGUUUCAGGUCACAGUGGAAGCACCAGUGAUUCAGACCACCCUGCCAGCCAAAGCACUACCCAGUGAAGACAAAGACACCACUAAGGUUGAAUCACCGCGAGUCAUCAAUGUCAUUCUGCCCGACCAGAGACACCACUUUCUCCUGCCGCUGGGCUACGUUCUCACCUCCUUCCUGCUCCUGGCAUUCAUUAUCCUCAUCAUCAUCCUCAUCACAUGCAGACGUAGACCCAAAGAGUUUUAUCCGCAGACAUCCAUGAGGUCCAGCAGAAGUCACAGCAGCUCAGAAGAGUUUGAGAUGGACGUUACUGAAGUGAAUGUGUGCAGUCGGGAGGAGAGAUUUGACUACAAGAACAACCUGCUAAGAGAGAAGGUCCACAUGAACACUCAGCCUAAAGUCAUUGAUCUUGACAAAGAAAUGCAGAAAUUUUCCAAGUGAGGAAAAGACAAAUAAAAAGUGAAACUGGAGUCACUGGCUGGUCCAGAGGCUGCGCUCCAAACUAAACACCUCCACACUGCCUUCUGUCCAGGCAGGAGAGAAAGCAAGGGAGAAAAUGUUGUGAAAUGCAGAAAACCAUUAACAAAAAAAAACAGCUCACAUUGAGGCCUUGUGUUUAUAAA